ACCCACCCCGCUGGAGACACGCAUGAAACUACACUUCCCAGCAGGCCUCCGCGGCUUUCCGGUGGGGGGAAAAAAGCGUCGCCCUCGAAGUUUAAAGCAGAAGAGCCCGAAAAGCGCGCGCACUCUGCUCUCGCGGGCGCGUCACAGGUAAUGGAGUACAUUAUGUCUUCGAAGAACAUUGAGAACGCUUCUUCUCAACAGGAAGAAAAUGAAGAUGAUGUUGAGUUUGUUAGUGAAGGUGUAUUGAGACCUGUCUUGGACUGCAUUGACCUCCUUAGUAGUGGUGAUGAAGACUGUAGCAGCUCUUCUAAUAGCAACAUAAAGUGCAAAGACCACUUUGAUUAUCAGAAGAAAAAGGUUGAUUCAACCCUAGAUCGGCUGGCACGCCAUGUAGAGGUAGAGAAACAACUGAAAGAAGAGAAAAAUAAAGCAUUCAAGGAAAAAUUGGAUUCUCAACAUGCUCACGGACUACAAGAGCUGGAAUUUAUCCAGGGACAUAGUGACACAGAAGCAGCAAGACUGUGCGUAAACCAGUGGCUGAAAAUGCCGGGUCUCAAGCCAGGUGCUGUAAACUCUGGAAGAACAGCAUUCUCAAAGAAGUCAGACCAAACACCAUCUAACAGUAGAUCCAUUUUGUGUCCUAUAAUGAAUUGCAACAGAAAGUUUGACAAUGGUCAUCUUCUCCUGGGCCACCUUAAAAGGUUUGACCAUUCUCCGUGUGAUCCAACAAUUACACUGCGUGGACCUCCAGCCAAUGCCUUUGCCUGCAUAGUUUGUAAUAGAAGAUUUUCUACCUCUCAACAAUAUAGUGAACACCUUUUGUCUAAGGCAAAAGAAAAUGAUGGCCAUGAACGAAAUUACCCUCCUCAGUGUAUUCAGUGCUUUGCAUGUCCAUGCUGCUUCCUUCUUUUUAGCAUACGAGAUGAGUGUCUGCAGCAUAUGUCUAUGAAGAAUCAUUUUUUCCAGGCUUUGAAAUUGUCUGAUAAACCAGGGAACCCCCUUCCUUUGCCUCUCCCAGCGUUUGCAAAAAAUCUUCUGAUCUCCUUGUGCAAAGAAGUUCCUUUCCAAGUGAAAUGCACAUCCUGCCAUCAAGUGUUGCGUUCCCAUGUGGAGCUAACUGCUCACUUCAGAACUCGUUGCCGUAAUGCUGGUCCAAUAGCUCUGUCAAAGAAAAGCAUUUCCCAGGUUGCUGAAAUACUUAAAGCCAAAGGUGUCUGUCACAGCUGUGGCAAAGUGUUUGCCAAUGACAACGAUAUCACUCAGCAUGUUUCUGAAACAUUACACAAAGUUAAAGUUUUCACCACAAUGGAAGAAUCUAUCUUGAUGAUCUGUCACAUCCAUGAAGAGAAUAAAAGUGCUCCUGAACUGCAGAAGCAUGUAGGCCAUUUAAAAUUUUCUUCUCUGAAGAGGCCUUUGGACUUGAAUGGAUCAGUUAGUGAUAAAAGACAAGCCAUUUCCAAACGAAAAAAGGAUUUGGAAGGGAAAAGCCAAGAGAUUAGCUAUGUUCAGACUGUCAAAACCUGGGUAUGUCAGUGUGAUCUGGCAUUUCCUUCUGAGGAGUUGGUAGAAAAACAUAUUUUUUCUGAAAACAGAAUCUGCCACAAAUGUGGGGUUUGUGGGAAAUUUGCAGAAAGUGCAAGUAUCAUCCGUUUGCACAUGAGCCGGUUUCAUGGAGGGGCACACUUGGCUAAUUUCCUCUUCUGGUGUCGAGCCUGCAAUGUACCACUCCAGAAGGAAGAUGAUGUCAUGGCCCAUGUGACAGAACUCCAUGGCGGGCACAGCUACUACUGUGAGAAGAACAUUGCUGAGGAUGAGCCUGCAUUACCUUCUGAUGCCCACUGCAGUAAUUCACUUGAACAAAAUAGCCGGUCUGCAAGCCCAGUGGAAAUGUCUCCAAUUCCAAGUCCAGCAGCUGCAUCUGAAAGAAACUCUCCCCAAUGGCAGUGCCGCAUGUGCGAGGAAGUAUUUGACUCGGAAGACAGUGUGAAGCAACAUUGUAUGUCAUUAGACAGCCAUCAUUUUCACAGGUACAGCUGUGGUUUGUGCAAAAUGACAUUUCGGAAAACAGAAACACUACAUCGACACUGUCAGGAGAAGCAUAACAAUGUUGUGCAGAUUAAAUACUUUUGCGGGCAUUGUGGCAACCUCUUUUUUGAUGCUGAGAAGGAGUUUUUCCUUCACUUCCAGGGUUUACACAGCACGGAUUAUUUGUGCGUAUCUGAGGGAGCAGGGGCAUCAAUCAAAACUGCUGAAGUAGUAGAAGAGAGCAGCCUCCUCAGCUGUGGUUGUCGGGAAAAAUACAUCUGCAAAGAAAAUAAGAAGGCAGAUUACAAGAGGUGUCAGGAAGCCAUGCUGGAAAAGGGUUGUCUGUGGUUCCGCUGUACUUCAUGUUCCUCAACAGCACAAACCUAUUCUGAAAUGAUGGUGCAUCUUGUGAGCCAUUCAAGCAAAAAGACAGACCAAGAAUUGUAUGUGGUGAGGUGUGGAGCAUGUAACAAGAACUUCAGUGAUAUUGCAGUUGCCCAUCAGCACUUUCAUGGCAAGCAUUGCUUCUCACAGAAACCCCAGCUAAGCUUUGGGUCUCCAGCAGAGAGUGAUGUCUUCCAGUUUUAUGCCAGUGAUUCCUGUGUGGAGAAGAAGCCAGAUAAACCACUGCUUUCUGUAGAUAUGGCCACAACAAGUUCAUCAGAGAAAAGUGAGUUGAAAUUGGAAGAUAAAAACAAAGAGCUGGAUAAGAAGCCACUUUCUGAAGCGCUUGGCCAUGAUGAGGGAGAUCUACCUGAUCUUGAUUACUUAUGUACUAUGACACAUAUUAUAAUGAUGGACUUGGAUAACUGGGGAAGCCUUUUCCAUCAGUUGCCCGCUACCCUUAAUCAAGGAACUUUUAUCUGGGGCUUUCAAGGUGGACAUAACAACUGGAAACCACCUAUGAAUUGCAAGAUUUUUAAUUAUCUAAACAAGAUUGGUUGUUUCUUCCUCCAUCCACGCUGUGGUACAAGGAGAGAGGCAGCUGACUUUGCAAUCUGUGUGCAUGUGGGCCGUCUUGAUGAACACCUGCCAAAGCAUAUCCCUUUCACUAUUCUUUCUGGAGACAAAAGUUUUCUAGAGCUGGAAGAUCAGCUUAAGAUGACUCAACGGGCAAUCCGUAUUCUAGAUCCUCAUAAGAUUGAUGCCAAUAUGAUGUGUGCCUUAUUAAACAGCAUUUCAGAUACAGCCAAAGAAAAUGAAGAGGAUGAUACCCAAGUGGCAAUGCAACAGUCUUUUGAAGAAACACAGGACCAGAAGGAUGCAGAGGAUGCAGAAUUUCAAGAGGCACUCAGACGAAGCCUUGAGGAAAUGUGAAGAUUUCCAGGAUCAAUGCAAAAAACAUCUAAACUGCUUCCAAGUAUUGAAAUUUGUUCAUCAUUUUACAAAGAUUAAAAGAAAAAUACUGGUUAACAUUUCGAAGUCUCAAUGGCACUUUAAAGACCUGAGUUUUGUCAGCGGCCGCAAGCUAGUACACUUUACAAUAAGCUACAGUGGAACUCAAGCGCACUUCUGUCUGUACACUGGAUAUGGAUCAACAUACUUCAUUGCUCUAGCAAUAACAGUAUAUGAAAGUGUGGAAUAUUAAAGUAUACUUAAAGUUCAAGAAUAUGGCAGUUCCAUAAACCACCACAUGGUUUUACUUUCUCCUACCUACUCUGAAAACUAGACUUGCUUUAUGAUUUAUUCUGUAUUCUUUUUUAAACAUUUGCUUUCAUUUUGAAUUUUAAUGUACAAGCAUUGGUGACCUGUUGCAUGUUUAUGUCAAGUGCAACCAUUGCAGUUGAUAGGAGUAUUAAAUCCUAAUUUACUGGCCCAUCCUGUCUUUGUUGUUCAGUUCAUAAAGAGAUUAGGCACCAAUCCUGAAGUUUACAGUGUGCAGGUAAACUCACUACAACUCUUGAACUAAAACUGAUGGUCUACAGUCCAGUUAUUUUCUAUUGCCUAUAUAUUUGUCCUUAGGCAUAUUUUAUUUUGAGAAUGAAUGUACUGACAAACUGUCUGGGCUGUGUCUAUUUUGUUUCCUGUCCUAGUAAUGCAACAACUUAUUUUCCCUCUUUUUGUCAAGACCUGAAUAGUGUUAAGUACAAAAAGAGAAGACCUUUGUAUGUUUCUACAUAGUUAAUUUAUUGUGGCUGUUUUUCAGUCUAUAUUUGAGCAAAAUUAAAAUAUUGACUAUUUU